GUUCGAGAAGAUCCGGUGUCGAGUGCGAAAGUGAAACCGCUUCCCGAGGAGAUGGGCCCCCUUCUACUGCUGCUGCUGAUAGCGGGCACUGCCUGCGCAAAUGCAGCUGCCAACGCUGACCUGGAGGCCAGGACGUUUGCGAAUCAGUCGAGUGAGCGGUACUACAGGUUCUACAACCAGAUUGCCGCCGAAACCUACUCGGCCAACAACGAGGAGGACUUCGAUGCGCUCUUCUCCAAGCUGAACAACGUGAAGCGCAUUGCCGAGGAGCUGGUGAGCAUCUCCCGCCAGGCAGCUGGAUUCGAUCUGGACAGGAUUCGGGAUCCGAAGACCAAACACGCCCUGCAGGAACUUCGCACUGCGGGAGAUUUGUUCGUUUUAGGAGAUGACUACUUUUCCGCGGUGCAGAUGAACCUGGCCGCCCUGCAAACGCUCUCCACGGAUAAGGACAUUGAACCGUAUUUAGGAGGAGCUAAUAUGCCCAACGAGGACGACAGUCCCCUGGCCUACUUCCCGGACAUCCAGAAGAUCGUGCAGAGCAGCCGGGAUGCCGACGAACUGAAGUACUACUGGGAGGCUUGGAGGGAAAAGAACCAGCUGUGGGCCUCCCUCAACUUCUACACGAUUGUGCAGUCGUACCAGCGGGCGGCCAAGAUCCUGGAGGUGCCGGUGCACAAGCUGUGGUACCGCUACGACAGCCAGGAGAUGCUCCAGCAAAUGGAGCAGGCGAUGGUGGAGCUGCGACCCGCCUACCAGCAACUCCACGCCUUUGUUCGCCAGGAGCUGCACCAGAAGUACGGUGGCGAGGUGGUCUCCUUGGACGGUCCCAUUCCGGAUCACCUGUUCCAGCAGGUCCUGGAGCAGGCUUGGGCUGGUGGCAGCAUCCUGGAGCAGUACUACCCGCGUGCCCAGUUGCCCGAGUUCGAUGAGUUCGUGAAGCACUUGAGUGCCAAGGCCAUGGUGAACGAAUCGGAGAGAUUCUACACCUCGCUGGGAUUCGAGCCUCUCUCUGAGGAGUUCCACAAGAACCAGCUGAAGGAGCCCAACCAGGACAGUCCCAAUGACGACUGCAGGCCCUCCAUCUUCGACCUGACACCCCAUGUGUACCUCAUGUACUGCGAGAAGGUAAGCUUCCGUAAGCUGAUGCAGUAUCACAGCCACAUGGCCAGGGUCUACUACGCCCGGCAGAAGAGCCACCUGCCCUCCUACUUCUUCAAGGCCUACAACCUGGAGUUCGCCGUGGGAGAGGCGGUGGUCCUCUCCGCCUCCUCACCCGCCCACCUCACUGGACGCCGCCUGGCCAAGGAAGCCCUCGGCGAAACGGCCCUCAUGAGCCGCCUAUUCCGAAUGGCAAUCCACACGAUCCUUACCAUCCCACUGUACUACGUGCACACCAAGGUGAUGCAUGACCUUCUGAACGAUACUGUGGAUAUGGAUACAGUGAACAAGCACUACUGGCGACUGAUGGAGCAGCAUGCAGGAAUCGAACCGCCUUCAGAUCGAUCUGAGGGAGCCAUUGAUUUUCCCUACAAGUUCUACGUCAACAUUGACCAGAGUUUCCAGACUCAGAAAUUUAUUUCCGAAAUUCUGGGCUACCAGUUCUACCGCGAGUUCUGCAAGAAGAGUUUCAACAGAGGACCACUGCACAACUGCGAUUUCUUUGGAAGUAUGGCAGUGGGCAACAGUUUAAAGUCCAUGAUGUCCUUGGGUUCGACCAAACCCUGGAAAGAAGUCGUUUCCAGAAUUCUGCCCAAUAACACUGGACUUAGUAGCUUGGCUUUGCUGGAAUACUAUCAACCUGUUUUGGGUUGGCUAAACAAAUAUAAUAAGGAUGCUAAUUCCAAAAUUGGAUGGACUGCCACAAAGAAAAAAAUUGUUUAAGACUUCAUAGUGUAGCUUUCAAAGAGCCCAAUUCUGUUUGUUUACAAAUAUAAAUAAAGUUAUUUCUCUACUCUGAGAAACUUUUCCAUUUUCAAA